AUUAAGCUACCUAUGUAAUAAAAAUUCAAGGAUAUUGUCUGAUAAACAUCAAUGUAUUUUAGCAAAAGUUAAAUUUAGUCUAUUCUGCACCAUGUUGCCCUUGAGACUAGUCAGGCUUGCAACUAGACUGCCUAUAUGCCGGCCAAUGUCAGCGUCAACUGCACCCGCUGGGCCGAUGGUGGAUGUGGCUGACGACGGAGGUAUCGCUGUGAUGACGCUACAGCGAGCGCCGGUCAACAGCCUCAAUCUGGAACUACUGCAAGCUAUCAGCAAGGCGCUCGAUGAUGUGGCCAAGAACAAACCUAAAGGCAUGAUUUUGACUUCUGCAUUGCCAACUGUGUUUUCGGCUGGUGUAGACAUCACGGAGAUGUACAAACCUGAAGUACAAAGGCUCCAACAGUACGGAAACAAUUUCCAGGACGUCUGGAUCAAACUUUUUGGGUUUCCGUUUCCAACAGCCGCGGCUAUAAACGGUCACGCACCAGCCGGUGGUUGCCUCCUAGCCAUGGCCUGCGAAUACCGCGUCAUGGUCUCUGGCAAAUACACUAUCGGUCUCAACGAGACCGCUCUCGGCAUCGUCGCCAACGAUUGGUUCAUGGACACCAUGUGCCACACCAUUGGAAUAAGAAACACCGAGUUAGCGCUUACCACGGGAAAAAUGUUCGCUGUCGAUGAAGCUUUAGAAAUUGGCCUGAUUGAUGAGGCAGCAUCCGAUAAGGCUGAUGCCAAAGAUAAAUGCAAGAAAUUCAUAAAAAAAUUUGAUGAAAUUGCUCCCUCGGCGCGCAAUGCGACUAAAUUAAACAUACGUCGGGGACCUUUAGCCAAUAUUGAAAAGAAUCGUAAGACAGAGAUUGCUGAAAUGCUUUGAGUUUGUGCUGAAACCGGAAGUACAGCAAGGACUAGAGGAAUAUAUGCAAAAGUUGAAAGCAAAGGCAACCAAGUAAAAUUCUGUC